AUGGCCUGUUUCAGGAGGGCGCACACUUAUAUAAGUGGGUUCCUGCCAGUGCGCACAGCACUGGUCGUGGGCAAUCAUGACCUUGAGGGGGAAGACUUCGAGACAGAUGAGGAAAAUCUGGCAGCAUGGAGGGAGGUCUUUGGGCAGCGGCACUACUGGUCCAUGGAGCUGGGAGAUGUUCUGUGCAUUGGCAUUUCCACCGUGCGCUUCAGGUCCAAUGCAUUCAGUGCGCAUGAGGUGUACAUCGAUGACGAGCAGCUGUCCUGGUUCAAGAAUACGCUCAAAGCAGCUGGCCAGCGGCCCAUCAUUAUCUUCUCUCACGCACCUCCCCUGGGAUGUGGCCUCACCAGCGUGCAUGUGAAGAAUCGCUGCGCCUUCCUAAACCACUCCAGCAAUGCUGCCGAGUUCAUGCAGCUAGUGGAGCAGCACUCCAACAUCUGCCUGUGGUUCUCGGGGCACUUCCACCUGAGCCACAACUACAUGCGCUCCAUCUCUGUGGCCAACAACUGUGCCUUUGUUCAAACGGGCGUAAUAGGGGACUGCAACAGGGAUGGCUAUCGCCACAGCCGUGUCAUCAAAGGCUCCAAGGAGGGCUAUCGGCUGUACACCUUUGACCACAACACUGGGGACUUGCGUCUGGACCUAAAGCAGCCAUGGGUUUCUGCUUCAUCGCCGCGGCCCAUCCUUCCCCCGCAGGACCAGCUCUGUGACUCCGAGGAUGAGGGAUGGCCUCUUGAUAGAGCUGCAGCAGCAAAUGGCGCUGCUGGCAGGUCGAAUGGCUUCGCAGGAGAGGAUGGCGACGAGGGCGCAUUUGCAUUUGAGCGGCCAGCAAAUGGCGCGCAGCAGCAGAGGCGGUGGAUGGCAGUCGGCCGAGGCAGGCUGCUGUCGCUGGAGGACAGCAUGCUUGUCGAGUACAACAUUGCUUCAAGGGCACCGGUUGGGGUAGUCUUCCUCAGCAUUGAGGAGGGAGAGGAGGUGGUAUUUGUGGACGAGGCUGGAGGGGUGGUGUCGAUUGCCGGCCCGACAGACAGUGUUGGCGAGACAGUCGCUGCUGUCGAGCUGAGGGAUCCAUCUGGCCACGUCACACAGAGGGUGGAGAGGAAUCUCGAGGGUGGCUUCUUUCAGGUUUUCCAGCAGAACAAGUGGAGGCUGCGGAAGCAAAGAGAAGCAGCAGCUCAGGCAGCAGCAGCAGCAGUGCCUGUUAGCUAG